UUACCAAAUCCAUUCUGAAAGGAUUAAAGUUUUUAGAAAAUAAAUCAAUAUUAAUAUUUAUUACAGAAUAAACUAUGAAAUAUGAGCCAAAUUAGCCACUUUAGCCACAUAAGCCAAACAGUUCAAUCGGAAGGAAGUGAUGAGGAACAGCGUCGCCAUGUGGACCUGCCGGUUUAUCCAAAACCACUGCCUGAACUAGAUUUAAGCUACAAACCCGAUGAAAAUGAGUUUACAAUGGUGGAGAAGGCCGCCUUGCGCAAUGCCUGGCGAUUAAUUGAGCCAUUCCAGCGCCGAUUUGGCAAGGAAAAUUUCUACAGUUUCCUUACGCAGCACGAAAACCUUAUUAACUUCUUUAGGCGAGAUGGAAAAAUCAACCUAAGUAAGCUGCAUGGCCAUGCCAUGGCAAUGAUGAAGCUAAUGUCGAAGCUGGUUCAAACGUUGGAUACUAAUUUAGCAUUCCGCAUGGCCUUGGAUGAAAACCUCCCCACGCAUUUGAAAAAUGGAAUCGAUCCCGACUACAUGAAGAUGCUGGCCACCGCCCUCAAGAUAUAUAUUCUCCAGUCAUCUGUAAUCGAAAGUCACAAUUCCUGCACACUAACAAACGCAUUAACCCAUUUGGUGCAAAUCAUCGGGGAAUACGCUAUAGUGGAUGUGGCCAGAAAACGAGCAUUGUCGACUGCGCUCAGGACCACUAUGGAUGCGAGUGGCAAUAAGCUCAUGAAAAUAACUACCUGAUUAGGAUUAUUUCCAAUACUUAUAGUAUUCUAAUGAUAAUCGUGCAAAAUUUAACAAAAAAUUAAAUUGUGAAUUUA